AUGUAAAGAAAAUCAAAUACAUUAAAAUACUUAUGCAAGUUACUUUAUUCUACAACCCCAUUUUGUUAGCACAAGAAUUCUUGUGUUGUGAAUAUGUCAAGAGGACUGGUUGAGGCAUUCACUAAGGCAUUUUUGGCAAAGCUUUGUUUAAAUGCCAUAAUGUUGGUUAUGAGUUCUAAGAAGAUUAUCAAAUCAUCUAAUAAAAUCAAAUUGGUUUUUCAAAUUUUGAUUAAUAGGUAUUGUAUAAAAUGUAAUUAUGUAUAGAACUAAUUUUCAUUUGGGGUUAUUUAUGGGCACAUAGACAUUUUUAAUUAAAUGCAUUUAAUGUCUUUUGAGAGCAAUAAGAAAUAAGGAGGAUGGUUGGAAUGCUGCAAUUUCUGGUUUUAUCGCAGGAGGGUUGAGUUUUAUAACUUAGAAGCCGCAUGUUCAAAAUAUCCUUAGAGUUUAUUUGUUUGCAAGAGCGACAGAGUGCUUAUAUCAGAUUGGUAUUUAGAGGUAAAAUAUUUAAAAAUGAAAAGAAAGUAUUACAACCAUCAAAAGGCGAACACUGCAAUUGCAUUCGUAGCAAUGACUGCAGUAAUUGCAUACGGGUUCUUUUUUGAGCCAGACAUAUUGCCAAUGGACACAUUCAAGAUGUACGAGAACUUUUCAUAAUAAACCCUGGUGGAUUAGAUUUGGCAUAUGUGCAAUGUAUAAUAGUAUAGAAAUAGAUGCAAUGUUUGA